AAUGGGAGCGGGCGGGCGGCGCCGGGCGCGGAGGCGGUGGAGCGUCUCGGCGAACAAAGAGGGAGCGAGCGGCGCGGCGGGAGGGAGGGAGGAGGCAGAGCAGGAGGCGGGGGGUACCGGCCAUGCGGGGCCGCCGGUGAGGAGGGAGCCAGGCGGGCAGCGGCGCUCCAUGGCCGGCGGGUCGGGGUGAGGUGAGGCCAGGCGCGGCGGGCAUGGCGGGCGUCAGCUACUCGCCGCCCUGGUGGGUGAGCCUGCUGCACCGCCUGCCGCACCUCAGCCUGCGCUGGGAGCUCACCGCCGCCGACUUCCGACCGCACGACGCCGAGUACCAGCAGGCCCUGUUGCUGUUGGGUGGCAUCGCGCUCUCCUGCCUUGCUCUGGACCUGCUCUUUCUCUUGUUCUACUCAUUUUGGCUGUGCUGCCGCCAUCGGAAGAGUGAAGAACAUCUAAAUGCUGACUGCUGCUGUACAGCAUGGUGUGUCAUCAUUGCAACGCUGGUGUGCAGUGCUGGAAUUGCUGUAGGCUUCUAUGGGAAUGGAGAGACCAGUGACGGCAUUCACAGGCUGACGUACUCGCUACGCCACGCAAACCGCACUGUGGCUGGUGUCCAGGACAGGGUACUAGAUACUGCAGUGGCCCUGAACCAAACAGUGGAACCAAACUUGCUCGUCCUGGAGGAGAUGUUCACGAAGCAGACCGACUACCUGCAUGUUAUCCAGAAACUGCAAGGUCUCUUGGAUGAUCUGGUCAGGCAAACAACUGAGAUCCCCUUUUGGAAGAAUGAAGAUCUGUCUCUGGAGGAGCUGGCAAUUCAGAUUGACCUCUAUGACUGGUACAGGUGGCUGGGGUACCUGGGCCUGCUCCUCUUCCAUGUCCUGAUAUGUUUGCUGGUUCUCUUUGGGCUCAUUAGAAACUCCAGGGCCAUUCUUAUGGGGGUGUGCUUGCUUGGGGUGUUUGCCCUGAUUGUCAGCUGGGGAUCCCUGGGUCUGGAGUUGGCUGUCGCUGUGGGCUCCAGUGACUUCUGUAUUAACCCCGAUGCUUAUGUCUCCAAAGUGGUUGAAGAGAAUGCAGUGCUUAGUGCUGAUACUCUCCGCUAUUACAUGACCUGUAGUGCUGGAUACCCCAACCCUUUCCAGCAGAAGCUGUCAGCAAGUCACAAGGCUCUGGUAGAAAUGCAGGAUGAUGUUGUGGAACUCAUGAGGUCAGCGAGCAGAGAGCACCCCACCUCCAAGGAGUAUCUUACUCGGAUCCAAGAGGUUUUAAAUUCAACAGAGAUCAACUUGCAGCAACUGACAGCUUUAGUAGACUGCCGGAGUCUGCAUUUGGAUUACGUCCAGGCUUUGACGGGCUUUUGCUAUGAUGGAGUGGAAGGCCUCAUCUACCUGGUUCUCUUCUCCUUUGUCACAGCCCUCAUGUUCAGUUCCAUUGUGUGCAGCGUCCCACACACUUGGCAGCAAAAGAGAAGCUCAGAUGAUGAUGGGGAAGAAGAAUCAGCUGCUCAAGGGAGUAGACAAACACACGAUAAUCUUUACAGAGUGCACAUGCCCAGCCUCUAUAGCUGUGGGAGUAGUUAUGGCAGUGAGACCAGCAUUCCAGCAGCAGCACACACAGUCAGCAAUGCUCCUGUCACGGAGUACAUGAGCCAGAAUGCAAAUUUCCAGAACCCCCGUUGCGAGAAUACCCCGCUCAUUGGCCGGGAGUCCCCACCUCCCUCAUACACCUCCAGCAUGAGAGCCAAAUACCUCGCCACCAACCAACCUCGUCCAGAUGCUGGCAGUGUGCAUUAAAAUGAAAAAGCAAAAACAAAACCCACACGUGCAGUCAGACUAAACAACGUGCCAACUGCUGUGCCCCUGUGCUGUCCUCGUAGAACAAUCCUGCUGUUCUGCCCAAAAUCCAGUGCAGCUCCUCCUGUUUCUCCAGUCCAGACCACCCCUCCAACCUGGUACCUGUCCACUGGAGUGGAAGCUCCUUUUGAAUUUUAAGCCUUCACCUUGUUGUACGUGCCUGAUGUGCAAGAGAGCAAGCACAUACAGGCAAGCCACUGAGAGCACCCAGGCAAGAAACUGGGUCCACCACUUGUUAGAGUAGCCUAUCUGAAAAAGUUGGUGAAUAUUUUCUGUUCCCCCUUUUUUCUCUCCCUUCUGUUCCCCAGAGGGACUCAGUGAAAGAUGGUGGUAGAUCUUCACUUCUGCAGUGGCAUCAGCAGUCUGUCAAACACUGAAGAAGCAGAGGCUCGGUGCCUAUGACUAGCAUACAGCAAGGGAAUGCUGAGUCAAUGCCCAGUGCAGCAUUGUGGUGGGAGUCCUUGGUCUAGUGCCCUUUGUGAGGGAGGAGGGAAACUCCUGCCCCAUGGUGUCACUGCAUAUCCACUAAUAUUUGGGAGCCUGGGGCUCUUCUAGAGCAAACCAGUCCUCUACUCUGGUUAACUUCCUAAAAAGAAGCGUUAAGAAAAUGCCUUUUUCAUUCCCACUGUAUCUGGCUUGUGAAUUCUUGAGGAGGAGCAAGGGGUCCCAGCACCAGUCAACUACCCUAUCCAUUGCUCUGAACCUGACCUCUCUGCUCCAUCAGGGAAGCCCAGGUACUUGCAGAUGGCAUUCUGGGUGCUGCCUUUAUGAGGCCGACACACAGAUCAAACAGGAGCCAGCCACCCUCUUGGUGCCAAAUUUUUCCAGGAAAAGACUUGUAAGACUUUAUGGAGAGUAUUUUUGCACUGAAGAGUUUCAGCUCUCUGAUCCUAGAUCUUACGGGACAGUCAGCUUGCAAAAGCAAGAGAGGCUGGAAGCAGCAAUGGAUUCAUAGCAAAUGCAAGCUCUCCCUGCAGGAGUAACCUGUGAGUUCUGCUGGACUUUCUAUUUUCUUAAGAAAAAAAUAAUUAAACAUCAUGAUUUACAGCACAGGGUUGCUGAACUGGCGUUGAAGGAGGUUUUUGGAACCUCAGUCCUAACAAAGAUUGUCAGUAUAUCUUCUGUGUUCCAGGGUCAGAAACCCAAAUGUCAUCUGGAGAACAUUGUGACUGUCAGAACAGGUUAUGUUAUUCUAUUUUAUUUCAUUUUGUUUUUCAAGGCACAUUGCUAACCACUAUCUGACCGUAUUAAGGCACACGUAAGGCAUUUUUCUAGACGUGAGGCUUGCAAACAGGCGGCUGGGGUGCCUGGAGAGGGCAGCGUUCUCCAUUGGUGCUGUACUUCCCACUGAAGAGCAGUGCUCCAAAGGGCACUGACAGCUUCCUACUGGAAGAGGAGACUGCCUCUUGGGGAGGUACUGUGGAGUACUGCCCUUUCAAGUAAGGUAGCUAUGAUGUUCCUUUUUGUCUUUUUACCUCUGAGCAUGGGCAUCUUAGUGUAGCUGCUGAGCAUUACAUUAAAUAAUUGGCAGAGGAAAUAAAGUGGGAAAUGUCUCUCAAACUGGAGUUGAGCCAUUGGCAGAGGCAGUUGGUCUUCACCUCAGUGAUGUUCAGACUGUGUCUGUUUACCCCACGUUUGCUGUACGGGGCACAGAGUCUACCAAUCUGCCUUUACUGAAGUCACCUGCCUUCUUGCAGUGAGUAGGAAUUGCUCCUAGCAGAUGGUUAAUGAGGAUGAUGGAAUCUGCUGUAGAUGGUACCAGUUCUGUGGAAGAGCAAGCUUUGAGACUCUUUAGCUAGAAACCACUAAUAGACUGCAAAAGCUGUUACUGUUCAAUGGAGUGAGGGAAACAGGGAGGAGGCACCAUCAUGCAAACAAGAAGAGAAGGUUUUGGAGAAAACUUCACCCUAACUCUCUGGAAGCAGGAUUUUCUUGCUCAGGACUGAGGAUGCCCUUUCAGACACGGGCUUCACACUGAAACAUACCUCUGUGUUAUCAAAUAACAAGGGCAGGGAAAUGUAGUCACAAGUGGAAUGGAGGGACACUGUGGCUCAUGCGCACCAUUUCCACCCUGUCUAAAAGCCUACCAGGAGACCUGGUGUGCAAGCAUGUGGUGUGGUCAGCUUGCAGGGCUCAAAGCACACAACUGCUAUCUGGGGGGAACUGAACUUUCCCCUUGCUUUGAAGAAAGAAGCAAGAGCCAUAUAAUCCUUAUCAAGACUGAGUUGUUCUGCCAUCAUCUCUUCUUGCAAGAUGUGCUAGGAUUGCUACUUACACUAUCAGUUCUAGGGGAGCUGCCCUACAAUCUGUGGUCCAGUCCUACUCAUUGAAGGCAAGUGUUGAAGGCUGGAGGGUGUGGGGAACCCUGUGUAAACAAGUGCUUCUGUAUAUUGAAUUUUCUGUAUACAGAAUGCAUCCUGAACAUGCGUGUGACUGCACUUUGGGUUGGGUCUAAAUUGCCACAGUGGUAUUGUCUGUGCCAGCAGGGAUAACGGGGCAGCGAGCCUAUGCCUUUUUGUCUGCAGCGUCUAAUGGAGCAGCCACCUUGACCUGCUUCCUUCCAAGGUUUGGCAUAGCCACUCAUAACACCCAGAACAACUUCGUGACAAAGUUUGGGGCUUGCAGCAAGGCACAGAUGUGGAGAUAUGUGCUCUGUGACUUCAAAACAUAACUGGAAAGAAUGUUAACGGAAAUAACAUUUUGCUCUCUAGAGGCCAGCAUAACGUGACUGCAGUGUGAGCUGUGUACCUUUGUCCAGCCAGCACUUCCUUUACUUGACAUGGAUAUUGCACUUUUGUAAAGCAUCCUGGAACUCUGCUGCCCCGCUGCAUGCUGUGCAGAGCGCUGGAUAGGAAACACAGACAAAUGGGUUUCUUUUUGGUUUAUUAUUAUUAUUACUACUUUUAUUUUUUCUUCUUUUUUUUUACUGGAACCUUGAGCAACAGUGUGGCAUUCCUGCGGGCUGGUCUGAACAGAUCUGCUGAAGAACAGAUGGCCUUUGCCUAUUCUUAUGGCUGCGACACAGUCAGUCUCAUCCAUAUGGUCACAUUCUGUCUGAGGAGCAGACUUUCCAAAGCCAAGGUCUCCCAGGCUCUGUGCCUCCCUCUCGGGUGAACAGCAGGUGCUAUCUGGCGAAGACUCAUCUGUUCUAGAUGGCAUUCAUGGUUGAGGGAGUCCAAACUCUUCAAGCUGUAGGAGGUAAAGCUGUAGAGGCUUCUCUCUCUUCCAUCGUGUCUCUCUGUUUUUAAUGUGACAAAAUGCCAAGGCCAUAUCACUUGGCAUGUCCCAGCUGACCUUAUUGGACCAUUACUCUUAUGUUACUGGUUGCUAUCAAAAGGGUCCAGAAUUCAGGGGAGAUGAGAUUGGCCUCUGGACGCCUCGCUGACUGCAACAUGGAAGGCAGCUUGUCUGGUUGAAGGUGACUGCAUCGGUGAAGACACUUCAUGUUACUUUUUCAGAAGCACAAAUGUGGUCAUUGGCUUGUCUGGUUGGCUUGGUUUAUUUCCACUGCAUCAUCAUGUGUGAAUGACUCUUUCUUUCGGAACUGAGAACUCUUCCAAGCACACAAACAUCUCCACAAUGUGAAAUGUAAAUAGCAUGUUGGACUCUCGUGUCCAGUGUUCAAGACUGCAUUGUAAUUGUAAAGGAAAUCGAAUCAAGACUUGGCUGUGAAUUUCUUGUGCUGUCUUGGGAAUAUAACUGUAGUGUUUGUAUCCUGUAUGUAUUAUUAAACUGAGUUCAUUUUAUGUGCUGAUAAAAGGGUUCAAGCUAAGGUUUUUAGCGUGCAUCCAUGUAUCCAAAUGUGAAGGAUGGAGCGCUCCCUUCCCCUCCUGUCCUUUUUCAGUUUUCUCCAUUUGAUAGGUGUUAAUUUUCCGUGUACAGUCAUCUCAGCCAAGAUGCAAGGGUGUUCAUUUGAGUGCUUUGAGGGGGACACAGUGCAUGGGGUUUUAAGUGAUCCUAAGUUAGGAUUUCCAUAGCUGUUCCCUGAUAAUACAUGAAAAGUUUGGCCUUCCUGAGAGUAAACCCAUUUCUCAGGGGGCUGCGUAGCCAUUGCUCACGAGAGCUUUGGGUGCUGCAGGGUGAUAGCAGACAGGAGUGGGUGGAUAAACCCAUGCUUCACUGCUGGUCCCGCCUUUUCCUUCCAGCAGCAACUGAAAUACCAUGCUGAGCCCUUUGAAGAAGAGAGGUGUCUUGGCUUGUUGAUUGUAGCCACCCAACCUGAUUCAGGAGUAGAUGAGGUGGGAGCUAGGGAGAGGAGCUGGCUUUGAAGUGCUUCCUACCUGGGGACCAAGGAGAAGACAAGGUCUUCCCCAGCUCAACAAGUCUGUGUUAGUGUAAUUCAGUGAAUAUCUCUGAGUGGGAGGCGAAGAGCCCUCCAGGGAGAUACCAGGGAGUACAUCUAAUGACUUGAGAGAUCUGACCAGACUUAAUUUGUACCUUCAAUCAGGUGGCUUCUUUCAUUGCAGCCUUCUCCCCUUUUCUAGAUACUAUUGUGUGCAUGCUAUGGAUGGCUUCCCCAGGAGGCCCAGCAUUAGUGUGGGAUGUUUGGGUAGCAGUUCCUAGGUGGCUGGCAAGUGAUCUGUGCUUUUGCGGGGGGAUCUGCUGAUGGUGUUUCCCAGCUGGGAGAGAGAAAGGAUGGGUUACUGGUGGCCUGGAGCUCCCGGGUGCUCCCCCAGCCCCUGCAGCUGCAUGCAUGAACGAAGUGGAACAUAAAUUGAUGUACAACCAGAAAGUUCAAAAUACUCCUUUCCUAAAGAGGAUAACUGUAGCAUGAAGCUCUUAGGUGCUCUGCAUAUUUGAUACCACAUUGCUCCUCACUAUGCAAUUCCCAACUCCUUCCUUCCUGUUCCUCUGAUCUCACACCAAGACUUCUCCAGGGGUCUCUGCCCAGGAGGCCCCUGAAGUCCCAGAAAAGCUUCAUUCCCUUCAUUGUCCUCUGCAUCGGGUCCAGCUGCCCAGCAUCACGUCGUGUGCCUCAGGUCCCUUGGUAACGGGAGGCCCCAUGAGUUCUAUUCACAUCAUUCAGAGGGAAGUUUAUUUUCUUGGACACUGUGCACAGAAACCUACUGGUGAACAUGUACCUGGCCUUUUUGUAACUCUUCUGUUUGUUCUUCUUAACCAUAAUGGUUGUAUAUCAUACCACUUUAUAUACAUAUAAUAUAUAUAAAUAUAUAUAAUUUUUUUUAAGACUUUGGACCUGCUAGUUUCUUUCAAGUGUUCCUGCACUUACCCAAAAUGUUUUUAAAUUGUGAGGAUUAAAGAGGAUUGAGCCCAUUUUUCUUUUUGUAUCUUUACUUUGAAUUCUGUAGUUCUCUUGAUUGUAAUGUAGCUAUUUUUUACUGUAACUUUUUGGUUUGCAAAUACUAAACAACAAAACCUAAAUGUAAUUUCUGUGGUUUCUAUUCAGCUUGGGUUUCAUGUUUUAAAAAUAAACGAUUUAAAACCAC